UGGACCUGAGAGUUGAGGGGUGUGCGCGCGCGCCCUCGCCCUGUUGCGCGCUCGGUGUCACCUUGGGCGCGAGCGGGGCCGCGCGCGCACGGGAGCCGGAGCCGAGGGCCAUUGAGUGGCGAUGGCGGCGACGGCGAGUCCCGGGGCCGGCGGGACGGACGGGAAGCCCCGUACCUCCCCUAAAUCCGUCAAGUUCCUGUUUGGGGGCCUGGCCGGGAUGGGAGCUACUGUUUUUGUGCAGCCCCUGGACCUGGUGAAGAAUCGGAUGCAACUGAGUGGAGAAGGGGCCAAGACUCGGGAGUACAAAACCAGCUUCCAUGCCCUCACCAGCAUCCUCAAGGCAGAAGGGCUCAGGGGCAUUUACACAGGGCUGUCAGCUGGCUUGCUGCGCCAGGCCACCUACACCACUACUCGCCUUGGCAUUUAUACCGUACUGUUUGAGCGCCUGACUGGGGCUGAUGGUACACCCCCUGGCUUUUUGCUGAAGGCCCUGAUUGGCAUGACCGCGGGUGCAACUGGUGCCUUUGUAGGAACACCAGCUGAGGUGGCUCUUAUCCGCAUGACUGCUGAUGGCCGUCUUCCAGCUGACCAGCGCCGUGGCUACAAAAAUGUGUUUAAUGCCCUGAUUCGAAUCGCCCGGGAAGAAGGUGUCCCUACACUGUGGCGGGGCUGCAUCCCUACCAUGGCUCGGGCUGUCGUCGUCAAUGCCGCCCAGCUUGCCUCGUACUCCCAAUCCAAGCAGUUCUUGCUGGACUCAGGCUACUUCUCAGACAACAUCCUGUGCCACUUCUGUGCCAGCAUGAUCAGUGGCCUCGUCACCACUGCCGCCUCCAUGCCCGUGGACAUUGUCAAGACCCGGAUCCAGAACAUGCGAAUGAUUGACGGGAAGCCUGAAUACAAGAAUGGGCUGGAUGUGCUGGUGAAGGUCGUCCGCUAUGAGGGCUUCUUCAGCCUGUGGAAGGGCUUCACACCGUACUAUGCCCGCCUGGGCCCCCACACCGUCCUCACCUUCAUCUUCUUGGAGCAGAUGAACAAAGCCUACAAGCGGCUCUUCCUCAGUGGCUGAGGCAGCAGGGUCCCCAGAGCCCAGGUGCCUGGGCUCCCUGGGCUCCUAUUUGACCGCUGCUCCUGCAGUCACUCUGCCCCAGUGGCCUGGACUCUGCUGCCCCAGGCCCCUUUAUUUAUUUCCCCUCCACAGUGUGGUUUCCUCCUUUGUGGCAAAGGACUUCGGUCUGUCCUACCCCCCUACUCAGCUUUCCCUGCCUGUCCUGAUUCUUACGACUGCUCUGUCCCUGGCUAUUCCUUGCAGGGAGCUGGAAAACUCCCUACGGAUUUCUGGCUCCCUCUUGGGUGUUAGUUUCAGGGUACAUAGGACAACAGAUGAUCCCCCUUCUCAAUGGGGAAACCAAGGCAAAGCUGAGGAGACAGGAGAGCGCAGAAGCAGUCAAGAUGGUCACAGGGUCUGCAAUGGGAGGAUAUGGCCCUUCCUCCCUCCACCUCACUGAGGACUUAAUCAAUAAAUUGGAUUGAUGACACCACCCCCAAA